CCUGUACGUCAGAGAUUUCACAUGGCCGGCAGUUUUUAAUAGUUCAUGUUGCGGAUUAGUAGUGACCAAUCGCUAGCGAUAUUUGGAGACGAGAUGAUCAGCUGUGAAAAUUGAAAAUAAAAUAUUUUUGCCGGGUUAAUAGGCGAAUGAUAUUUUAACUUGUAUUCAUUUAUUAGUACACGUUUUAUGUGUAAAUAUUAUAUUGAUAUAUAUUGAUAUACGUUAGUGUUUGACGUAUAUUAAUACUCAACUGCAUUGGAUAAAAUUUUAUGUGCUGCCUAUUUGUUUUAAUACAAAUCUAAUCAUUUGGAGAUGUACUCUUUAAUUCAUAAAACGGAAAAUGCUCACGAGGACAGUAUAUGGACUUGUGCAUGGGGUUGUCCAAAGAGGAGGAAGGAUAGUCAACCAGAUAAUGAAGAUUCACGAGAUUCUAUAAGAUCCAAUGAAGACGAGACAGUGGAAUAUCUAGUAACAGGUUCUGUGGAUGAUGCUGUGAAAGUAUGGGAACUGAAGGAUGGUGAUUUGAAAAUGAAACAUAAGUUGACUGGACAUUCCUUAGGAGUAGUUUCCGUAGCUGUCAGCUCCGAUGGGUCAAAAUGUGCCUCCAGUUCACUCGACUCCAGUUUAAAAUUGUGGGAUUUACAAUCUGGAGACAAACUAUCGAGCAUUGAAGUUGGUCCUGUAGACAUAUGGACUGUGGUCUUUUCUCCGGAUGAUAAAUUCAUAGUAUCUGGCAGUCACUCCGGCAAAAUACAUUUGUACGGGACUGAAAGUAGUAAGCAAGAACAAACAUUGGACACGAGAGGUGGAAAAUUUACAUCGAGUGUGGCAUAUAGUCCGGAUGGUAAAUAUAUUGCAAGCGGUGCGAUAGAUGGCAUCAUUAAUAUUUUUGACGUUGCUUAUGGAAAAGUUUUGCGUACAUUGGAAGGUCACGCCAUGCCGAUCAGGUCUCUGUGUUUCUCACCAGACUCUCAGCUGCUCCUUACUGCAUCCGAUGAUGGACAUAUGAAGUUGUACGAUGUCAAGGAUGCAAAUUUAGCUGGAACAAUGUCGGGUCAUGCUUCUUGGGUACUUGGCGUGGCUUUUUCACCGGAUGGACAGCAAUUUGCAUCAAGCAGUUCCGAUCAUACAGUUAAGAUUUGGGAAUUGGCACAAAGACAGUGUCUACAUACAUUUAAUGAACACAAGGAUCAAGUAUGGUCGGUAAAGUAUAAUCCACAGCGAAAUAACGUUAUCGCCUCAGUGUCCGAAGAUAAGUCCAUCAAUUUGUAUGAAUGUCCGGUAUAUGAUAAUAAGUAAUCGCAUCAAAAGGAUGAAUAAAUAUUUUUUUUAUCUGC